GGUAAGCGAUCUUGUUUUCAGGAGCUCAAUCAGAAGAGGGUUAUGAAACCAAAGCAAAGUGGCAGCGCGGUUUACCAAAAUUAUCAAAGGACAACUUGAAAGACGGUGAAUGGAUUUAGGCAGGUUUUGCAGUGUGGACGGUUCUGACCCGUUUUGGGACUGGAACCGGACGUGGCACUCUGAGAACCCGGACCUGACCCAGUGCUUCCAGAACACAGUGCUAGUAUGGCUCCCCUGUCUCUACCUCUGGCUGUGUGCCCCGAUCUACGUCCUGUACCUCAAAAGCCACAACCGGGGGUACAUUUGCAUGACUCACCUCAACAAGGCCAAAACCGCGGUGGGUUUUCUACUGUGGAUCGUCUGCUGGGCAGAUGUUUUUUACUCUUUCUGGGAAAAAAGCCAAGACGGCGGCGGCUGCAGCCCGUACACCCAGGCACCGGUGUUCCUGGUCAGCCCCACCAUGCUCGGCAUCACCAUGCUGCUAGCCACCCUGCUGACACAGUACGAGAGGUUGAAAGGGGUCCAGUCUUCAGGGGUGAUGCUGAACUUCUGGUUGGUGGCCAUCCUUUGUGCCACCGUCACCUUCAGGUCCAAGAUCAUACAGGCCAUCCGGGAGCCGUUGACGGUGUGCAUGUUUAGAUACACCACCUUCUACACCUACUACACCCUCCUGCUGGUGUCCCUGGUCCUGUCAGCCAUCCCUGACCAGCCGCCACUGUUCUCACAGGCCUCCCGAGAUGCCAAUCCCUGCCCUGAGAUUGGAGCUUCCUUCCUGUCUAGAAUCAGCUUCUGGUGGAUCACUGGCCUGAUGAUAACCGGUUACAAGCGCCCGCUGGAACAGAAGGAUCUGUGGUGUCUGAACUCAGAGGACCGCUCCCAGAGGGUUGUCCCUCAGCUCGUACGACGCUGGAACAAUGAGUGCCUGAAGGUCAAAAGACCUGAGGAGAAGAUGUUGUACUCCCCAAAGAAAGCCCCUCGGGGAGAGAGGAAGGAUGGGCAGCCCAUUGAGGAGUCGGAGAUCCUGAUUACCAAUAUCUCUCAAAAGAGUGCAGAGCCCUCUCUGUUCUGGGCCCUCUGCCUGACCUUCGGCCCUUACUUCCUCAUCUCAUCGCUCUACAAGAUCAUCCAGGACAUUCUGAUGUUUGUCGGACCCGAGAUCCUCCGGUUGCUAAUCCAGUUUGUGAAUGACUCCAACGCUCCCUCAUGGCAGGGCUACUUCUACACGGCCCUGCUGUUUGUCUGCACCUGUUUCCAGACGCUCAUCCUGCAGAAGUAUUUCCACGUGUGUUUCACCACGGGGAUGAGGCUUCGAACCGCUAUCGUCGGAGCCGUCUACAGGAAGGCGCUGGUGAUCAGUAAUGCUGCGAGACGCACGUCCACCGUGGGGGAGAUCGUCAAUCUGAUGUCGGUCGAUGCCCAGCGCUUCAUGGACCUCAUCACCUACAUCAACAUGAUAUGGUCUGCCCCUCUGCAGGUCGUUCUGGCCCUGUACUUCUUAUGGCAGAACCUGGGUCCAUCCGUGCUGGCAGGGGUGGCUGUGAUGGUCUUGAUGGUGCCCAUCAACGCUGUCAUCGCCAUGAAGACCAAAACAUACCAGGUGGCCCAGAUGAAGAGCAAAGACAAUCGCAUCAAGUUGAUGAACGAGCUUCUCAACGGGAUCAAGGUGCUGAAACUCUAUGCAUGGGAAGUGGCCUUUAAAGACAAGGUGUCCGCCAUCAGAGAAAGCGAGCUACAAGUCCUCAAGAAGGCUGCUUACCUGGGAGCGGUAUCCACCUUCACCUGGGUCUGUGCCCCCUUUCUGGUGGCGCUGUCUACAUUUGCAGUGUACGUGAUGAUAGACGAGCGGAAUGUCCUGGAUGCUCAGAAGGCGUUCGUGUCUCUGGCUCUAUUCAACAUCCUGCGUUUCCCUCUCAACAUGCUACCCAUGGUCAUCAGUAGCAUGGUUCAGGCCAGUGUAUCUAUGAAGCGUCUGCGUGUUUUUCUGUCCCAUGAAGAGUUGCAGGAGGACAGUGUGGAGCGCAAGGUUAUAGCAGGCUGCUCUGACAGUAUCUCCAUUGACGACGGGUCUUUCAGCUGGUCUAGAAACGACUCUCCGACUUUGAAGAGGCUGAGUGUGCGUAUUCCGGAUGGUUCUCUGGUUGCUGUUGUUGGACAUGUUGGCUCAGGGAAAUCCUCUCUGCUGUCUGCUCUACUGGGGGAGAUGGAGAAACUAGAGGGAUCUGUGUCUGUCAGGGGCUCGGUGGCCUACGUACCUCAGCAGGCUUGGAUCCAGAAUGCCACCCUGAAAGACAACAUCAUGUUUGGUCAGGAGAGGAAGGAGAGCUGGUACCACAGAGUGGUGGAGGCCUGCGCCCUGCUGCCAGACCUGGAGAUCCUGCCUGCUGGAGACGGCACCGAGAUCGGGGAGAAGGGAGUGAACCUGUCUGGAGGUCAGAAACAGAGAGUCAGUCUGGCCCGGGCGGUCUACUGCGACUGUGCCGUCUAUCUAUUGGACGACCCUCUGUCAGCAGUCGACGCCCACGUGGGCAAACACAUCUUUGAGAAUGUCAUCGGUCCCCAGGGUGUCCUCAAGGACAGGACUCGUGUUCUGGUGACCCACGGUCUGAGCUACCUACCCCAGGCUGACCUGAUCCUGGUGAUGGUGGAGGGAGAAAUCACUGAGAUGGGGUCCUACCUGGAGCUGAUGGGGCGGGACGGGGCCUUCGCCGAGUUCCUCCGGACGUAUGCCAACAAGGAACAGGAAGACGAUGAUUCGGACUCUGCACCGAAGAAGCUACUGGAGAACGGUGGUCCCAUCCCAGUCAUUGGUAACAGUACGUUGGCGGCUGCCGUGAGAGUGGAUGGAGAUGUAAUUGGGAAGAAAGCUAAGAACGCUGAAGUGGGCAAGCUGACGGAGGCGGACAAAGCCAACACCGGCCGGGUGAAGUUGUCUGUCUUCUGGGAGUACAUGAAGGCCAUAGGGGUGGCGUUGUCCGUCAUCAGCCUGAUCCUGUUCUUCAGCCACCACUUUGCCUCCCUGUUCUCUAACUACUGGCUCAGCCUGUGGACCGACGACCCAGUGGUCAAUGGGACGCAGCCCAGUCGGGAGAUGCGGCUGGGGGUUUAUGGAGCUCUGGGGCUCUCACAGGGUAUUGCGGUGUUCUGCUACUCCAUCGCGGUCUCCAUCGGUGGUAUCCUGGCAUCGCGCUACCUGCACCAGUCCAUGCUGCACAACGUCCUCCGUGCCCCCAUGUCCUUUUUUGAGCGCACUCCUAGUGGUAACCUGGUCAACCGCUUCGCUAAGGAGACGGACACAAUCGAUUCUGUCAUCCCGAGUAUCAUUAAGAUGUUCAUGGGCUCCAUGUUCAACGUGGUGGGGUCCUGUGUCGUCAUACUGAUCGCUACUCCACUGGUGGCCAUCAUAAUACCUCCUCUGGGACUGCUCUACUUCUUUGUCCAGCGUUUCUAUGUGUCGUCGUCUCGUCAGUUGAAGCGCCUUGAGUCCGUCAGUCGUUCUCCUGUCUACACGCACUUCAACGAGACGUUGCUUGGCACCAGUGUUAUCAGGGCCUUUGGAGAGCAGGAGCGCUUCAUCCGGGAGAGUGACGGUCGAGUCGACCACAACCAGAAAGCAUACUACCCCAGCAUUGUAGCCAACAGGUGGCUGGCCGUGCGUCUGGAGUUUGUCGGGAAUUGUAUCGUGAUGUUCGCCGCUCUGUUUGCUGUGAUGGCCAGAGAGAGUCUCAGUCCUGGUAUCAUGGGCCUGUCAAUAUCAUACGCACUGCAGCUGACAGCCUCUCUGACGUGGCUGGUGAGGAUGUCUUCAGAUCUUGAGACCAACAUUGUGGCCGUGGAGAGAGUCAAGGAGUACGAUGACACGGAGAAGGAGGCGGAGUGGAGACAUGACCCGUCAUCUCUUCCUCAUGGCUGGCCCACAGCAGGAAACAUCGACAUCAGAGGGUUUGGGCUGAGGUACCGAGAAGAUCAGGAACUGGCUAUACGUGACAUCACCGUAGCCAUCCAAGGAGGAGAGAAGGUGGGUAUAGUGGGUCGUACCGGAGCAGGCAAGUCUUCUCUGACUCUGGGACUUUUCAGAAUCAUUGAGGCAUGCGAGGGAGAGAUUCAGAUAGACGGUGUUAACAUCGCUACCCUGGGCCUUCACGAGCUGCGCUCCAGGAUCACCAUUAUACCCCAGGACCCAGUGUUGUUCUCUGGCUCUCUGAGGAUGAAUCUGGACCCCUUUGACGGCUAUUCUGAUGAGGAGGUUUGGAGAGCGCUGGAGCUCGCCCAUCUCAAGAGCUUUGUUUCAGGCCUGCCAGACAAACUCAAGCAUGAGUGUUCAGAGGGAGGAGAGAACCUCAGUUUGGGUCAGCGCCAGCUGGUAUGUCUGGCCCGAGCCCUCCUGAGGAAGACUAAGAUCCUGGUUCUGGAUGAGGCCACGGCUGCCGUGGACCUGGAGACAGACAACCUGAUCCAGUCCACCAUCAGAACCCAGUUUGAUGAUUGCACUGUCCUGACCAUCGCUCACAGAUUAAAUACCAUCAUGGAUUACACCAGAGUGUUGGUACUGGAUAAAGGGGAGAUGGCAGAGUUUGAUUCUCCCUCUGCUCUCAUCUCCAAGAGAGGAAUCUUCUACAAGAUGGCCAAAGACUCUGGGCUGGUCUGAUGGAAGGAAAAGGAUCCUAAAGUAACAAUUUAGCAUCCCCUCGUUCCAAAGCAACUCCUUCGCUGUUUCACUCAGGACUAGGAGGCUGUGCUGGGAAGAGGUAGCAUAGAGAGGGAGAUCGGAGGAUGGAAAACGUGAGACAGUGUGGGUUCUAUGGAUUUGAAUCUUUUUGACUGUUAGAAGCGCGUCGUUGUAUUCCACCAAACUACCUCCCUUCUUGCAUUACACUCCAUCCAUCAAUCUCCCUACUAAAGACUGAAUAGGAUUCACUCCACCAAUCCAUCAAUCUCCCUACUAAAGACUGAAUAGGAUUCGCUCCACCAAUCCAUCAGUCUCCCCACUAAAGACUGAAUAGGAUUCACUCCACCAAUCCAUCAGUCUCCCUACUAAAGACUGAAUAGGAUUCACUCCACCAAUCCAUCAGUCUCCCUACUAAAGACUGAAUAGGAUUCACUCCACCAAUCCAUCAGUCUCCCUACUAAAGACUGAAUAGGAUUCACUCCACCAAUGCAUCCAUCUUUCCAUCAGUCCAUCCAUUUCUCAGCUUAAGAAUGUGUUAUGGGUUGAUUCGACUUAACCCGAUGCUGCCUCAACAAGACAAAUCACCGCCAACGGACACUGUUGUUUCUCCUCAAGUGGACAUGGAUAUUGCCAAGGCCUUCAUCUUUGAAGCAUUUGUCUGCUUUUGACUUGGGGAUUACUCAUCCCAUCUGCUCUUGUACCUGAAACCGACUGGGAAUACCACCUACCAUUUUAUUUCUUUUCCUGCUCUCUGGUCCUGUGGUUUCAAGAUGUACUCUGUUAAGAGACAAUGAAGGCAUACAUCUUGUUUUAUCUCUCCACUGCCAACGAAAUGUUUGGAAGGACGAUCUGUUCCCUCCAAUUGAAGCUGAAUUUUCUCAAUUAUUCAGAUGGAAUUGUAAUAGGGAACAAAGAACACAGACCUGAUUUAGUUGAAUAUUUAUUUGAUGGAGCAAUCUUUAUCCUCUCUUAGUGGUGGUAUAACUUAUGUCCAAUCACAGACACCGGUUGUUGAAAACUGUCCAUUGAAAGGAAGGUCCUGUCCCACUUUGAGUAGUGGAUGGGGUAAAAGGUGAGGUCAUGCCCCCUUGACUUUUGACGCUUAAUUUCUCGUAAACACUGCUAUGCUACUAGCCAUCUAAGAGCCUUAGAGCCCGAGCCAAAUGCGCAGUCCCAAACCAAGCCCUCACUCUGGUACAUCUGUUGGCAAAUCGAAACCUAUUCCCCUAUAUUCUGCUCUGCUUUUGACCGGAGCUUAUUGGGAAUAGGUUGCUAUUUAAGACUAGACCAAUGUCGCUUACACCCUCCCCAACCUGGUCUGACGAGACGUUUCUAGGUCAGGGGUCAGUGUCCUUGUCCCUGGUGAAAUGCAGGUAUGGCAGGAUUCUUUUUGGCCAACCAGGUGCCAAACUUGGGCCAUCUGAGCUAAUCCCUGGCCAGGCUGUAGUGGCUGGUUUGGGACUGAGCCAAAGUGUAUUCAUUUGAGUGUAGUUGUUAUUUGUUCUCAGGUGUGUGGUGCUCUUAGAGAUGAUCAGACGGGCCGGUGGAAGCCCCAAGCCCCAUUCCAACAUCCGCUGAAUACACCUUUCUUUUCCUCACUUCUGGUUUCAAGUACAAUAGUAUUUUUAGAAAUGAUCUGUCAUCCAAGACAAGGAUGGAUAGGGGACGUAUAUAGUGUUGGAACUGGGGCAAGGCUUUCCACUGAGCCACUGUCAUGUCUGUAACCAAUGACUUGGGUGACUAGCCCAGGAAGACCAAUGGCAGGUGUUAAACCAGGACUCUGUUAAUGAAUGUAUUACACAAUGUCUUAGUGGACUUAUCAUCUAGUUCCCCCCUCUGAGUCCCAAAUGGAACCCUAUUCCCUAAGUAGAUCAGUGUAGGGAGGAAAGUGGUCCACUAUUUUAGCAAUAUAGUGCCAUUUCAGACGCUCUCUGGUUAAUCGGUUACACAGUAGUUCUUGCUGACAGGUCGAUGAUUGUGGUGUAGCAUCAGUGAUUACAUGGCUACAUAUACAUUUUAUUAAUGAAAUAAUGUUUUCCAUGUGGUGCACUGCUUCACUAUGCCUGACAUGCUCUAUAUAAAAGUUGUGUACUAUAUGGGCACUAUAUAGGGAUAAAACCUUGAAUCAUUUGACUGUAGCCUGCUGCACUAAAACCACUCUCCUUUCUGGCACUUUAUUCAGCUGUUGGUAAUUAGGUUUUAUUCAUUGCCCUUUUGAUCUGUAAGGUUUCCUGUGGAACUAGAAGAUAUCAAACACCUUUUUAAACUCUGUUCACAAUUCCCGAAAUUCCCAAAUGGCACAGGGUUCUGGUUUUAGGUCUGGGUUUAGUGUGCUAUUCAGGACACAGAUUUUCUUAUGGCAGAUUGUGGUUGUACUCUUGCCUUGUUUAUGUUGGAUUCUCUUAUAAACUAUGUAUCAACCAGUCAGGACAUCUUUUUGUUUAACGGAGACACGGUACGUGCAGAACUUUUGACCAAAGCCUGGUGGACCGGCAUCCUUGAUGUGUCUGGGCCGGCCCACUCCAGAUACCACUCACUGUAACCGAGCUGAUUGGGGUGUGUCAUGAUGGGGUGUGUCAAAAUAUAAACAGCCUUUGUUGUUGGACCAGUUCAACAUGUUCCUGUUGUGUUUCAUAGCAUUGUUCUCUCUCAAUGCUAAGUUUGUAGCGUUGUUCUCACUCUUUAACAUGAACAUGGUUCAAUUUAGAGCAAGGCUGCUCAUAUCCACUAUUUGGGGGGCUGAAACACUUACAUUUUUGUUAAUUUUUACUUGGUAGUAGUUGGCACUUUGUUGGGGUCCCUGGUCUGUAUCCUUGAUUGAGAACCGGAAGCAUUUCAGCCCCAUAGGACUAGACAUCGACAGCCCUGGUUCAGCGACGUCCGUGGACGCUAACAGGCGUGCGUUCUUCUGAAAGGGAACCACUAGUUGCCCACUAGGGAGUUUGAGUUGCUUGCCUGUGGCAUACCUUGAUUUCUUCUAUGCUAGCAUUGUUAAGGUUCAUGUGAAUCGAGUAGUUUUUGCUUUUGACAUGUCUGCCGGGUGGCUGUGUCCUCAAUGGCACUCUGUUCCCAACAAAGUUCACUACUUCGGACCAGGGCUAAAUGCCCUGCGCCGGGAAUAGGGUGCCAUUUGUGACACACCGACACAAAUGUUACAAUGUCAAACCAUUCAAAAAGAAAAAGUAAGAAUAUAUAUUCAUGCUGUUACAUAUUUAUAUCAUUUGUAAGUAUGCUUAUCAUGAUUAUUUGAUAAUUGUAUAAAUGCACUAGUUUGUGUGCUUGAUUUUUCGUAAUCAAAACUGACUUGUGAAGAGGAGAGAGAAAAUAAAUAAAAGUACUUUUGUUUUGUUA